AAAAAUGAAAAUUUACGCAAGGCACAACUAAAAAAAAGCAUACUAAGCUCGGUCUACUUGUUUCUACAGUUUCUCUCUUUUUCAAGCUCUCAUCCUCUCUUGCAGUUAGCCCACUGGUUUUCAGCAAAGAUGCAUUCGAAUCACUUGCUACUCGAGGAACCCAUCAGGAUGGCCUCCAUCUUGGAGCCAUCCAAAGCUAGUUUUUUCCCAGCAUUGACGAAGAUCGUGGGGACGUUGGGUCCCAAGUCUCGAUCUGUGGAGGUCAUCUCCGGCUGCCUUAACGCUGGGAUGUCUGUGGCAAGAUUCGAUUUUUCUUGGGGAGACCCCAAUUAUCACCAGGAGACUUUGGAGAAUUUGAAGACCGCUAUAAAGAGCACUAAGAAGCUCUGUGCUGUUAUGUUGGAUACUGUUGGCCCUGAGUUGCAGGUUGUUAACAAAAACAAGACCGCUAUUUCACUGAAGGCAGAUGCUGCUGUAACUUUGACACCUGAUAAGGGUCAAGAAGCAUCUUCGGAAGUGUUGCCAAUCAAUUUCGCUGGCUUGGCUAAGGCUGUGAAGAAGGGAGACACCAUUUUUAUUGGUCGGUACCUCUUCACAGGAAGUGAGGCUACUUCCGUUUGGCUAGAGGUAGAUGAAGUGCAGGGCGAAGAUGUGGUUUGCAUAAUAAAGAACACUGCAACUUUGGCUGGGUCAUUGUUCACUCUACAUGCUUCUCAAAUUCAUAUAGAUUUGCCUACUCUCACUGAUAAAGAUAAAGAGGCUAUAAGCACAUGGGGAGCGGAAAACAAAAUUGACUUCCUUUCACUAUCAUAUACAAGGCAUGCUGAAGAUAUUCGUGAAGCUCGUGAUUUUCUGUCUAAGCUGGGUGACCUAAGUCAGACGCAAAUAUUUGCUAAAAUUGAUAAUGUAGAGGGAUUAAAUCAUUUUGAUGAGAUUCUUCAAGUGGCUGAUGGUAUCAUUCUUUCUCGCGGAAAUCUUGGCAUAGAUCUUCCACCCGAGAAGGUGUUUUUGUUCCAGAAGGCUGCUGUUCAUAAGUGCAAUAUGGUUGGAAAGCCUGCUGUAAUAACACGUGUUGUUGAUAGUAUGACUGACAACCUUAGACCUACUCGUGCCGAGGCUACUGAUGUUGCUAAUGCCGUCUUGGAUGGAACGGAUGCAAUUCUUCUUGGUGCUGAGACUUUGCGCGGGUUGUACCCUAUUGAGUGUAUUUCUAUUGUAGGCAAAAUUUGCUCCGAGGCAGAGAAGGUCUUUAACCAAGAUCUCUACUUUAAGAAGACUGUCAAAUUUGUAGGGGAGCCAAUGACGCACUUGGAAUCAAUCGCUUCAUCUGCGGUGCGUGCGGCUAUCAAAGUGAAAGCUUCUGUUAUUAUUUGCUUUACUUCGUCUGGAAGGGCUGCAAGAUUAAUAGCAAAAUAUAGGCCAACAAUGCCUGUAAUAUCAGUUGUCAUUCCUCGGCUCAAGACAAAUCAACUAAAGUGGAGUUUUACCGGUGCAUUUGAGGCAAGGCAGUCCCUUAUUGUGCGUGGACUUUUCCCCAUGCUUGCUGAUCCCCGGCAUUCUGCCGAGUCUACCAAUGCCACCAACGAGUCAAUCCUGAAAGUUGCACUUGAUCAUGGCAAGGCCUCAGGGGUUGUGAAAUCACACGACCGAGUUGUGGUGUGCCAGAAAGUUGGCGACGCAUCUGUGGUCAAGAUUAUCGAGCUCGAAGAAUAAAGACUUGUAUCUCCCUGCUGCAUUUGUUUUGAGUUGCCACACCAUCACUAUUUUGUUAGGAUAACGUUGUACUGGUUAACAUGUUGACUAAUUAAUAAAAACCGAUUCUGGGCUUCAUGGUUCAUUUCAUUCAGAGACAAGAAUCAGAGCUCCCAGAAUGAAUAAGCAGAGACUAUGUUGGUUUCUGAGCUUUGGUAAAACAGAGAUGUAAAUGAAAUUAUUGUAUGAUGUUACAGAAACAAGACAGUUGAUGAUCCUA